CAAUUAUUUAUAAUCUCCUUUUUUUCUCACCCUCGAAAGUCUUUCGCUUUUCUUCCUUCUUCAGCUUCUGGGUCAAAUUCUCUUGCAACUCUGAGUCUCUGGAGGCUCAGACUGCUGGGAGUAUUGAGAAAUGGGGUUGUUGGGAAGCUUCAUAAGGUUCCUGUUGGGGCAAUGGUGCAAACCCACCACCACCGGAGGGGACUACUCUGAAUCACUUGGCCCUCACGGCGUGUCCGCCGCCACUGUCGGCGUUUCGGCUCUUGCCCAAGACCUCUACAACUUCGAGAUCACCUCUCAGGUCCCAGAAGGGCUCGCUCAGCAUGUGGUCUCGUCCAGGAAGGCUCAAGCUAACUGGUAUAGAAAACUAGUUGUCGCAUGGAGGGAAGCCAAACCGCCACCAAGAACACCCGAAGAAGCGGCUAGGCUUGUUAUACAAACCCUGAAACAACACCAAAGGCCGGAUGUUGAGGGUUUAUUGGCUUUCUACGGCCUUCCUCUUCCACAUACUCUGGUCAGUCUUUCUGCUGAGGUCCCAACUUCGUUGCCUCAAGGAGUAAAGUACGAGUUCCGGACGCUGCCGGUUGAUGGAAAAGCGAUUCAAGAUGGCGAUUCGUUGACAGUCUACGUCAGCACAGAGGAUCCCAGGGAGUCGUCCUUUGUUCCAAUCGAUGUGCAAAGAGCUGCCAUUCAAAGAUCGAAAGCUCGCGCCGUGAGGGACUAUACAAAGGCAGAUGCACUUAAUCAGAAAAUCAAAGAUGCUGGAUACGGGGUACUGAAUAUUCAAAACGAGGAGAUCCUUGCCCGAAAGUAUAGGAUCCGUCUGAGGGGUAUAGAUGCACCCGAGGGUGAAAUGCCCUAUGGAGAAGAAGCCAAACAGGAGCUGGUUAAGCUUAUUCAGGGCAAGCGUUUGAGGGUUCUUAUCUAUGGGGAAGAUCGUUACGGGCGCUGUGUAGGUGACGUAUACUGCAACGACAUAUUUGUACAGGAAGUAAUGCUCAAGAAGGGGUGUGCAUGGCAUUACGCAGCCUACGACCAACGCCCAGAAUUUGCAACAUGGGAAGAAAAGGCUCGGGCGAAGCGAGUUGGGUUGUGGGCUUCAUCAAACCCUGAGAAGCCAUGGGAUUGGAGAAGGGAUCGGCGUGAAGGCAAAUGAUGUACAAUCGAGAUGUAUCGGUCUCUCGGAUGUACAAACAUUGUUUCUUUUGUAAUGUUAGUGCUAUUCUCUAUUA